UUGCAGGUACAUUUACAUUUUCGUGGAGCUGGUCGGGCCACAUAAUUAAAACGAAACGAGAGCUGGCUACAAAUAUUUGCAUAAAACGCUGUCGGGCUAAUAAGUAAUGAACUAAGCCAACUUAAAAAGGCAUACAGGGCCCUGAACAAAAAACCAUUGCAAAUAUAGAAGAUACAUACUAUCCGAGCGUACCCUACCAAAAGUCCCUGCCACGCAUAGAGCAUAGAAUUUAUAGAGCCAACGAUUGCAAUACAAAGGGCAACAGCUCAAAAUAUAUUGAAUAAUCAAGUGCAUUGCGCGACUUCUUUGAAAUUUAUGCAACACUGCAAGUAGCGCCGCAAAGCCAAAAAGGAUAAAAAAAAAAAAAAAAUACGCAACAGGGAAAGAGAAACGUAGAUACAGAAAGAGCGAGAGAGAAAGAGAACGUGUGUGAGAGGGAGAGGGAAAGCGACAGUGGCAACAUUGCCAUAUAACGGGAUUUUUCGCCUGAUUUACUGUUUGCUGUGCUUGCAGCCAACAGCGGAACAUCAAUCGCUUGCCAAGCCAGCACCUUUUACAGCAACAACAACAACAGCAACAGCAGCAAAAGCAGCAACAACAGCAACAAAAUGCGUGGCCGUCACUUGCGCCGACGUUUCAGCCUGCAGCCCUCGUUCAUGAAGGAUGACAGCGCCGAGGAUAAGCCCAAGCGUGACAAAGUGGGACGAAAUAAUGCUGUGGACGAUGCCAUUGGACCGGCAAAUGCACGUCAUAAAAUUGUGGUCAUGGGCGCGGCCAAAGUGGGAAAAACUUCGAUAAUCACACAAUUUCUGUAUAACACAUUCACUACGAAAUAUAAAAGGACCAUCGAGGAAAUGCAUCAGGGUAACUUUUCAAUUGCGGGCGUUAGCCUAACGCUGGACAUACUCGAUACGGCCGGCUCCUAUGAGGUACGUAUAUUAUUAUAUUUCUUUUAUAUAUAUAGUAUAUAUGUUAUGUAUGCUGUUAGCUCACCUUUGCUGAGUUGCCUAA